AUGACCAUGGAUCCGGUCAAUCUCAGUCCCGUACCGCCCUUAUUGGACUCCUAUUGCUUCCACUCAACUCGACAUGAGUCUUCAGAAGGAUGGAUCAUGGGGAUCGAUGAAGCUGGUCGUGGACCUGUUCUAGGUCCGAUGGUAUAUGCUGCUGCCUACUGCCCAAUGUCAUUCAAACCGACGCUGGAGUCUCUCGGAUUUGAUGACUCCAAGGCGCUAUCUCCGGAAACGAGACAGGCCUUGUGGGAUACCUUUGAUACCCACGCACCCCUGUGUUACAGCAGUGCUACGCUAUCCCCCCAAUCAAUCUCUGCCGGAAUGUUACGGCGGGUGCCAAUCAAUUUAAACCAACAAGCUCAGGACGCAACGAUAGGACUGAUAAGAUCAGCACUGGAGCGGAAUAUUAAUGUCGUGGAGUGCUACGUCGACGCACUCGGACCGUCUCCACAGUGGCAAGCUCGUCUCUCAGAGAUCUUCCCAACAAUCAAGUUCACCGUGUGUCCUAAAGCCGACUCGAUAUACAAGAUCGUUGGUGCAGCUUCCAUCGUCGCAAAAGUCACUAGAGACCGAUACGUGCAUCACUGGGUGGACCCAGAGGGAGACGACACCGCUGUGGACGGCGAUGCGGGUGGAUCUCGAGGAAGCGGAUAUCCUUCAGAUCCACGUACACAGGCGUUCUUGAAGGAUCAUAUCGACCCAGUCUUUGGUUACAAAUCCAUCGUGAGGUUCUCUUGGGCGACCGUCAAAGUAUUGCUGGAGAAACAGGCAGUGGAAUGUAAAUGGUGA